AGCCGUUUGAGUCGUAUUUCUCGUGUCUUAGGCCGAUUUCACGCUAGGUUGUUCUUGUUUGUGAUAUUUCAGGUCCUAGCACGUGAAUGAAGGUUUGGGAACGAGUUCGGGGUCGAUUGGACGAAGAUUGGACGUUUGGCGAGAAGCUGAGGAAGCCACACGGGCACGCCUAAAAACCCACACGGCCGUGUGACACCAAAUUGCACGGGCAAGCCACACUGGUCGUGUAAGGGAACCCAUGUGGCCGUGUGGAAAUUCCAGGGAACUCACACGGGCAUCCUGGAAAUCCACACGGCCGUGUGGUUUUGGCCGUGUAGCAUGCCUGAAGUCCACUUAUCGAAACGCCGCGUUUUGCACACUCACACGGGCAGCUGGGAAAGCCACACGGUCGUGUGGCCUGGCCGUGUGGUCGGGAAUUUCUGGGUUUUAACCCAAAUUCGAGCCAAAGGAGAACGAAUUGACUUUUUGGAGCAAAAACAGAGCCCUAGAGAGAGAAAGUGCGAAGAACACAUCAUAGAAGUAAUUUUGGAGCUGGGUUUCAUCAAUCGAGCUUGGAGAUCAUCAUAGGAGUGAAGAUCAUCAUCCCAGAGCAGAUUCUUCCCAUUGUUAUGAGUAUGACUGCUUUGUAUUCUGUUUCCCCCCCCCCCCCCUCUCUCUCUCUAUGGAGUAGAACUCUCUCUCACUUGGGUAUGAAGAACCCUAGUUCCAUGUGUUAGGAAUCUUGAUUGUAAUUAUGUUUGGAUUGUGAUAUUGCUUGAUUAUAAUCGAUUGAAGUGUUCUGAUUGAGUCAAUUGAAGUCUGAUCAUCUUUUAUUGAUUUCUGCUGCAACCUGAGAUAGAUAGAAUCUGAUUAGGUUGUUAGAGCUUAUUCAAUCGGUAGUAGUGAAUCGAUUAUACGAGAGUUAGUCGAUUCACUGCUUUGUACUGGAAUCUAAUUCCAGUAGUGGAGUUUUGUGUUCAUUGCCUCGGCCUUCUAUCCCGGUGAAGACUAGCCGUCUGCCGGGUAGUUUGACUGAGAGGGCUCGGUCAACUUAAGAGAUUUCAAGCUACUGUCGGAUCUUCCGCAGUAUAAUCAGCAGUAAAGCAACCAAAAGUAAUUACAACUGAGACCUAACUAAGGAGCUAGGGGGACUCAUUCCCUGGUGACUCUUCCUUUGCUUUAGAAAACCAAACCAUUUCCUGCUUUCUUACUUCUUUCACUUAAAUCAACAAUCACUCAACUUAGUUUGCUAGAUAACAGAUAUACACGGAGUAGGCAGUAGAUCUAGACCCCGGGUUGACAAUUAGAGGUUGCAUGUUACUCCAUUUCCGGACUACGUUUACACUUGGUCGCAGUUUGGUGUUGUGUUUUAGCGUGUCACGUAUUGGUUGAAGGUUUAAAGAGAAAUUAUUACCCAUGGAUAACCGUGGAUACCUGAAACCUGAACGGGUAUGAACAUGGUUUUGAAUUUCUACCUGUUUCUUAUGUGGGUAUGGGUAUGGGUAAAACCCGAACUACUUUGGGUAAGGUAACAGAUAUGCACUAUGGGUAUAAGGUGAUAACAAAGAUUUUGGCUGAAAGGCUAGGGCGAUUCUUGCCUCAAAUUAUCUCCCCGGGGCAAAAUGGUUUUGUGCGUGGAAGAAAAAUUGUGGAGAACGUUCUGGUUAGUCAUGAGGUGAUGCAUUAUCUUUCUCAUAAACACACUGGUAAGCAGGGUUUAUGGCUCUGAAAUUGGAUAUGGAGAAGGCUUAUGACAGGGUUGAGUGGUCCUUUUUAUUUGCUCUUAUGGAGAAGUUGGGUUUUCAUAGGCAAUGGAUUCGCUGGAUUCGUGUCUGUGUGACUACGCCGACUUUCUUAGUAAUGAUGAAUGACCGCCCUUCGGGUUAUUUUCUGGCUUCUCGUGGUCUGCAACAGGGUGAUCCUUUGUCCCCUACCCUGUUUGCGCUGUGUACUGAAGGUUUUGAAGUUUUGAUACGACAAAGGAUGGAGGCUAAAGAGUUAACAGGAGUUUGACUGAGCUGGCAGUGUCCGGUGGUGUAUCAUUUAUUCUUUGCUAAUGAUUGUAUCUGUUCCCGCGAGCCUCGCGACUGGAAUGUGCUAAGCUUUUGGAAGUCUUGGGUGAUUAUGAACGACUAAAUGGUCAGAAGGUUAAUCUGCAGAAAUCGGCAUUUGUAUUUAGUAAAAAUGUUUUGGAUCAGGAUCAGGUGCUGAUGGCAGGUUUGUUAGGAGUUGGAACGGUGGGUGUCACAGAUAUGUAUUUAGGGUUGCCGUCUUUGUUGCAUCGAUCGAAAGUGGAAACUUUUAGAUUUGUCGAAGAACAAGUGAGGCAGCGUCUUCAGGGUUGGAAACAACGAUGUUUAUCUUGGGCAGGAAAGGAAGUAUUGCUCAAGGCAGUGGCGAAUGCUUUGCUUGUUCAUGUCAUGUCCUAUUUUCGUUUGCCUGUUUCCACUUGUCGGGAUUUAGAUAGGCCCUUACCUCGGUUUUGGUGGGGAGCGAAUGACCAGGAAAGACGGGUUCACUGGGUGGCGUGGCAGACGUUAUGUCUUAGUAAAGAUGAAGGUGGAUUGGGAUUUCGUGGCUUUCAGGCUUUCAACCAAACACUCCUGGCUAAGAUAGGCUGGCGAAUUUUGCAGAAUCUGACCUCUCUCUUGGCUCGUAUUUAUAAAGGGAAAUACUUCCCUUGGUCAACUUUCGUCACUGCUCGGGAGGGCUCAUUGCCCUCGUGGGGCUGGCGGAGUACUCUUUUUGGCCGUGAAUUGCUUCUAGAUGGACUGCGUUGGCAGGUGGGUCCGGUCAUUCUGUUCCUUUGACCGGGGAGUCUUGGGGCCUAAAACUACACCCGCACUCACCCAAGGUGCUUCCAGGUGUUGUGGGGCAGCACGAUACAGUGGCGUCUUUGAUCUAUCAUAGGUAGGGAGUUUAGCGGAUGGAUUGGUUGAAUUAAUUGUUUUCUUCGGAAAUGGUGGAGGCAAUUACCGCUAUCCUAUUGUCUUGUGCUCCAAUGGAUGAUUGAUUGGUGUGGCAUUAUGGGUCGGAUGGUAGGUAUUCCGUUAAGUCCGGCUAUCACUUAGCUGCUCAGUCUAUUCAUCAUCGGCCACGUAUUUGGAAGGAUUCUUGUUCUCUGUUUGAUAAAGGUCUAUGACGUAAGGUCUGGGGUCUACCCAUCCCUCCCAAACUCCGUUUUUUUUGUCUGGCAAAUGCUUAGACGAGUGCUUCCGAUGGGGGAGGCACUUUGAGUUAGGGGGAUUGGGGAUGGGUGGACUUGUCCGGUUUGCAUAGGGGAGGAGGAGGAGACAAUAUAACAUUUAUUUUUCCGGUGUCUGGUGGCGGAUAACAGGAUUGCAGGUUUGGCAGGAUGGGGUGCCGACAGGGAGUAUUGCUAUGUUUUGGCGCCGAAUUUUUGAGCAGCCGACCAUAGGCUCUACUGAGAUAAUGCAGUUAGUGACUCUUUUUUGGCGCAUUUGGAAGUCGCGUAAUGGGGUGGUGUUCAAUUUCGUUCAGUAUCAGCCUGCUUCUCUUGCUUUUCAAUUUUCUUUGCAGGUUGCCGAGUGGAUUGAAAAUCCACAGGAGAGUGAGCAUCAGACGGUGGUGUCGGCACCCAUGGUGUCUCAGUAUAGUCCUGUUUCUUGCUCUUUGUCUUGUUUUGUUGAUAGUGCAAUGAAGCAUGGAUUGCAUGGAGCGGGAGGAUGGGUUAUUCAGGACGAGGCAGGUACCUUACUAGCUAGUGCCGCUCGGCGAUAUCAAGGGCUUCAGGAUCUUUCUCUGGUGGAAUUAUUGGCCCUGCGGGAAUUGUUGGUGGGUUUCGAUUUUGUUGCGUGGCUUCAGUCACUUUGAUUCUUUAGACUUUGUAACUUUCAUUUCUCGGUAACACGAGUGAUCUAAUGGUAAAAAAAAAAUCAACUGUUAAGUGUUUGUGUAGAUUUGUAAUAGUAAAUGGGACCCACUUUGACAAUUGCUCACACUAGGUUGUCAACCCGCGGGUCGACCCACUUUGACCCUGACCCGGUGAGAAAAACGGGCCGCACGCACCCGCCGGGUCGACCGCCACAAGGUACCGGGUUGGAGGUCAAAUUGUGUCAUUUUUUCUUUGUUUUGCGAAAUGCGCCUAUUUUCCGAUUUUUCUUUUCGCCUAACUCAAUCUUUGGAAUCCUAAGUUGAACAUUUGAAUAUUAAUGUUAUAUAAGUGUGUGUGAAUUUUCACUAUAUGUUGAAUCUAAGUACAAAAUGUUAUUUUGGUGUAAUAUUAUAUGUUAUAACUCAUAUGUUAGAUGAGAUUUGAUAUAAUUUAUCAGGAUAAGUACAAUAUAAUUACGCUUUCCAUAUUUCCGGGCUAAACCAGGCUAAAACGGGUGACCCAUUAACCCUUGACCCACUAGCUCAACCGGGUCCGAGUCAACCCGCGGGUUGACAACCUUGCGUCACACAUUUUAGGGAUGUUGAUGAGUAGAAAUUGCUAGAUUAGAAAUUGGUAGAUUUAAUGAUGUGGCGGUAGGGCCACGUUUAUAAAUUGCUACCAAUUUUAGGGAUGGAUAUGGUGUAAUUCUUCGGUUAUGAAUAAAAUACCCUUUCACUGUUAAAACACCAAACACACUAAAAACACAAAAAAAAAAAAAAAUCAAAAUAUAGUUGCUGUGAUAUAAAUGUUGAAUCAAGAGAACUAAUAAUACGUUUUAAAGCCUUUGCAUUCCUCCAUUUGAAAAUCCAAGCCCUGGGAGCGUUUCUCGGAAGGGCAUUAAAGGAAGUUCACACAUCCCCCCCCCCCCCCCCAAUCGUAAUUGAAGGCUUCCCCACUAAUUCAAUUUCUUCGAAGCCUGCGCCAGUACUACGAACCCUGCCCUGCAUCCGCUACGUCACCCGCACUUUGUCGACUCUUGAAUAUCAGUCGUUCGUCCGCGAAACUGCGCCCACAGCCGUUGGUCAGUGUAGCCAUCACGGCUUUCGGUUCAUUGUCCUAUCUCACCCUCACUCCCGCUGUGGUCUCGCCACCGUAAUUGAGGACUAAUGUCUCGCUACUGUAAUACUUCACUUCUCUGCAUUCAUUUCAAUUCCACCGUUCAACUCCGGCCAACCUUGCCAAAACAGGUUCCCCAAUUGCCCACACUGUUAUGUUAUAACCUUUUUGCUCCAAUUCCCUAAUCCUUCUAAUUUCCUUUCGCAUUGUCGACCAGCUCAGUUCCAGUGCUCCAAUUGGUCUUCCACCAUCAGCUAUUGCCUCUUUACUGUUCAGCCCCUUUCGGGUAAAGGUGUUCUUCCCACAUCUAAUCCACCGGUUGUUUGUUCUAAACAGCUUUCUAUUAAUUGGUGAAGCGCGUGUAUUCCCAGCAUUGGUGAAAUAUCGGUGGUUUUCUAGAACUUUGUUCUGUCAUAUAAUUCUGAUGGUUCGUCGGUGUGACACUCCUGGGGCUUCCUCCUCACAAGCCGCUACAACUCACAAUUGGUGUUACGUUCUUCAGGUCAAUGUAACUGCAAUUGGUGGAACUCUAUAGUGAUUGCUAUGUCCGACUUGAAGUUGUUAGUGAUGACACCUCGUCAUCUUUUGUCGUGUUUGAAAAAGUGGGCGAGAUCUUUUUGGAGUUCCUGCUAACCAACUAUUCCUUCAAAAUGGUAGCUUGAAAGAUGCUCCAGCAGAUAAUAUCCUUAAAAUUCUAGGAAUGACCCUCAAGUUUCAUGCGAAAAUCAAAAUCAGCAUGUAUA